UAUAUAUGCCGACUAGAGCUCGCAAACAAACAGCAAUAGCAACAAAUGAUAUGCAACUAAUUUAUUAAAGUUAAUCAACUAACUAAACAAUGGACGAUGGGCAAAAACAUAACUAAAUCUUAUAAAUAAAUGUGACAGUGGAAACAGUUCUAAUAAACAUGUAAAUAAAUGCUGCCAAAUCCACAACAACAACAACUGAAAUGCAUGUAACGCACAAAAACAACAAUAAUAACAACAACAACAAAAUUAACAAGAACAACAACAAGCACAGUGGGAAAAGUGCAGCCAUUUCGCAAACUUGGAAAAGCAACCACAACAAAUACAACAACAACAACAACAACAGCAAUAAGCACUAACAUUAACAUUAACAUUAACAGCAACAGCAACAGCAAGGUCGCUGCCACGCCCACAACGCCCUCAACACCAGCGCGCAGAGGGAAAUGAGAUGAAGUGGUUUCAAGUGACCAUAGAUAUGAUUCUUGUGCUUUCAUUUAUAUCAAGCAGCACAGCGAAUCCGGAUGCGAAGCGACUCUACGACGAUCUGCUAAGCAACUACAAUAAACUGGUGCGUCCCGUGGUAAAUGUCACGGAUGCGCUAACGGUGCGCAUCAAGCUGAAGCUAUCGCAACUGAUUGAUGUCAAUCUGAAGAACCAAAUAAUGACCACCAAUCUGUGGGUGGAACAAUCCUGGUACGACUACAAACUCAAAUGGGAGCCCAAGGAAUAUGGCGGUGUCGAAAUGCUUCAUGUGCCCUCCGAUCACAUCUGGCGGCCAGACAUUGUGCUCUACAACAAUGCCGAUGGCAACUUUGAGGUGACCCUGGCCACAAAGGCAACACUAAACUACACAGGACGCGUCGAGUGGCGACCGCCGGCCAUUUACAAGAGCUCCUGUGAAAUUGAUGUCGAAUACUUUCCCUUUGACGAGCAGACAUGCGUCAUGAAGUUCGGCAGCUGGACCUACGAUGGAUUCCAGGUGGAUCUGCGUCACAUCGAUGAACUGAAUGGCACCAAUGUGGUUGAAGUGGGCGUGGAUCUGUCCGAGUUCUACACGUCCGUUGAAUGGGAUAUACUUGAAGUUCCUGCAGUGCGGAAUGAAAAAUUCUAUACGUGCUGCGAUGAGCCCUAUCUGGACAUAACAUUCAACAUCACAAUGAGACGCAAGACGCUCUUCUACACGGUCAACCUGAUCAUACCCUGCAUGGGCAUCAGUUUUUUAACCAUAUUGGUAUUUUACCUGCCAUCGGACAGCGGCGAGAAAGUCUCAUUAAGCAUAUCCAUUCUGCUGUCGCUCACUGUGUUCUUCCUGCUGCUGGCGGAAAUCAUUCCGCCCACGUCGCUGGUGGUGCCGCUGCUCGGAAAAUUUGUGCUCUUCACCAUGAUACUGGAUACGUUCAGCAUCUGCGUGACGGUCCUGGUGCUGAACAUCCAUUUCCGGUCGCCGCAGACGCACACGAUGGCGCCCUGGGUGCGCACGGUGUUCAUCAAUCAGCUGCCGCGCUUUUUGGUGAUGCGCCGACCGCUUUAUCCGAUCAGCGAAAUGAUCAAGUCCUCGCGCCGGCUCAUGGUGCGCACCUGCAAUGGACUCGAGCUGAGGGAUCAAAUACCACCGCUGCCACCGCCCGUGGCACUGUCCCGCAUGCACCACAGCCCCAAGACAACGUCGCGCAGCACCUCGCCGCAUCUGCAGCACAGGGUGCAGGCUCUCAGCUUGAUGGACGAACUGGGCGGCAUAGGCGGCGGCUGCGGUGCAUCGACGAUCACUGGACAUCUGAGCUCGCUGUAUCCGCCAACGAUGUCGACGGUGAACCAGCAGACCUCGACCACAUCCUCGCUAAUCGAUGCGCAGUACCACAAUCAGUACCAGCAGACGGGUGGCUCUUUGCUGGACCAUCCGCUGACGCCGACCAAGUUCCGUCAGAUGACCUCCACCUCGAGCCAGACGGGCCAGAAUGGAGCCGGUCAUCAUCAUUACAUUGCCGGCGGCGGCGGCGGUGGUUGUGCGGCUGGUGGUGGGGCCGGCAAAAGCAGCUCCACCUCAACGCUGACGCAUCAAGCCAGCCAGGCUGGGAGCUAUCAUCUGUAUCGACAGCAGUCGAGCUGCUCGGCCAACUUCUCGCCAUUGCCGCUGCAUGCGCAUCAGGCGCACGCCUCGACGAACACCAGCGACCUGGGCCUGGGCGGUAACCACAAUCCCAAUGUGAUAAAGUCCACAACGACGGUCAACUCGGUGGCGACCGCCUCGACGCUGGCCGAUUCCUGCUGCAGCGGCACCAUACAGAUACACCAGGGCAUGGGCGCCGGCGCCGCCUGCCAAUCCUCGGAGCUGCUGCAUCUGCACCGACCCACCACAUCUGCCGCGGCUGCGGCGGCGGCGGCGGCAGCGGCAGCGGCAGCGGCAGCAGCAGCGUCAGCAUCGGCAUCGGCAUCAGGUGCCAGCACCUCAGCAGCUGCUGCUGCGGCUGCGGCUGCCGCGGCGGCGGCUGCGGGGGGUAUCACGCCGCCCCCACCACCACCGCCGGCCUGUGAUAUACUGCCCGCCUGCCAGCGCGAGGGCGGCCCCCAUUGCUGUACGGGGCGGGGCAAUGUGCGCCAGCGCUGGCACACCUGCCCGGAGCUCCACAAAGCCAUGGACGGCGUCACGUACAUUGCGGAUCAGACGCGCAAAGAGGAGGAGAGCACACGGGUCAAAGAGGACUGGAAGUAUGUUGCCAUGGUACUGGAUCGACUCUUCCUCUGGAUAUUCACAAUAGCUGUGGUCGUCGGCACGGCCGGCAUUAUCCUGCAGGCGCCCACGCUCUACGACACUCGCGUACCCAUUGACAUCAAGCUGUCGGAGAUUGCCUCUACGACGGCCAAGCCGAAUGUGGCGAGGCCUGUGUUGUAAAUGCCAUGAGGAUGACAACGGCAUCAACAAUAGCACACACACACACACACACACACACACACACACACACACUCACUGACACGCCCACGUUGAUAUGUAUGUGCCCACACACAGACAGUCUGAAAAACAACAUGAGAAUUUCGCUUUUAAUUUAUUUUUUGUAUCGUGACAACAGGCAGCAACCGCGACAGCAACAACAAAAACAACAACAACAACAACAACAAAUAAACAAACAAACAAACAAGAAGAAGAAGAUGAUGAAGAAGAAAAUCCAAGUAACUAUAACUAUAACACAGCUAUAUAGCUAAAUAAAGGUAUUUGUUAUAUACUUACAUAUGUAUUCAUAAGGUAAAGGAAUGAUAAUGAACGAACCCUAACUAAUUAUAGCUCAAAUUGUACACUAAUGUUUAACGAAUACAACAACAACAACAACAACAAAAGAAUUAAGCACAAAACAAUUUAUGAAUUAAGAACGAGAGGAACAAGUUAGACAAAUUUGACGACAGGCAAUUCCAGAAAUGUACCAAAUAUGCGAUUUGGUUGUCUCGCAAUUAAUUAUUUCAUCAGCGUCAGCUAUAACUCAAUUUUGAAUUUGAAACGGCCAUUUAAAGUUUCAAAUGAACUGGAACUUGUUCUGCUUGCAAUUGUAAUUGUAUCAUUGUGGCUGGCGUUGCCAGACUUAUAUAUGUAUUUACAGCUCGAAAGCAAGGUCCGAACACAUGUCCAUAGUUUCGCAAUCAUGUUCGCAUCGAUAUUAUUAUAUAUACAUUUGAUUUCCAAAACAGAAAUUGUUCAGGUAAACAGCCAGCUGUUCAGCUGAUCAACAGCUAGUUCACAGGCGGAACUAUCGAUUCCACUUAACUCGUCCCUUCUAAUUGACAUUUCGAUAACUGUUAGCCGAUAAACGAUAGUCCGUAAUUUCUGGAACUCUGGCAAACACAGGAAAUGCUAGUCAAAAUGUUACAUAGUUAGCU